AAAGUUGAUAAGACUUCAUUACAUAUAAUAUCUUUAUAUCUCAAACAACUAUAAGGAGACAAAGGACAUGGUGUAAUAUAGAGAACAAGUGUCGAGCUGAGGCCAAUUGAUAAAAGUAGACUCUUCCAGCUCUUAUUCUUCUCUGAAUCAGGAGGUCAUUGAGAGCGAAGAACACUUAAAUGCCUUGGUUUUUCAUAAUAUUCCUUCUUAGUUGCACAUUUAAUAACCUCUCAGCAGAAGCUAGUCAUGGAAAGAAACUUCCAUCUGCAGUUGUUGUUGGCACUGUCUUCUGUGACACAUGUUUCCAAGAGGCUUUCUCAAGGAACAGUCACUUCAUUUCAGGUGCAUCUGUUGCGGUAGAAUGCAAAGAUGAGGAAUCAAGGCCAAGUUUUCGAGAAGUGAAAACAGAUGAGCAUGGGGAAUUCAAAGUUCAUUUGCCUUUCCCAGUGAGCAAACAUGUAAAGGAAAUCAAGAGAUGUUCAGUGAAGUUACUGAGCAGCAGUGAGCCUUAUUGUGCUGUGGCAUCAUCAGCAGCUUCAUCAUCGCUCCAUCUCAAGUCAAGAAAGCAAGGAACACGUAUAUUUUCAGCUGGUUUUUUCACUUUCAAGCCUGAAAAACAGCCAAUCUUAUGCAAUCAAAAACCAAGUAUUGAAAAUUCCAGGGAAUUUAGUUCCAGAGAAGCCUCUCUACCUUCUAUUGAUUACCCAACAUUCCCACCUGCACUUCAAGACCCAACAACAACUGAUCUCCCUCCUUUGAACCAGAACUAUCUUCCUCCUCUUCCUGUACUUCCAAAAUUACCACCAUUACCACAACUCCCUCCUCUUCCACCUCUUCCAGGACUACCUUUACUUCCACCUAUUAUUCCAGGAAAUACCAAAAAGACCAAAACUUCAGAAUCUUUUGAAAGCACAACAUUACCAGAUCAGAAAGCAGUGCACCAUCCUAAUCAGUUUUCCUUUCCAACACCGCCACUUUUUCCGCCGAACACUUUUCAGCUUCCUCCACUAUUUCCUCCUAACCCAAUCCAACCUCCUCCAUCACCAUUGUUUCCAUUCCCACCAAUCCCUGGCCUAACUCCUUCUCCUCCUCCUCCACUAUUUCCUCCUAACCCAAUCCAGCCUCCUCCAUCACCAUUGUUUCCAUUCCCGCCAAUCCCUGGCCUAACUCCUCCUCCUCGUCCUCCUCCACCACCACCUCCCUUCUCGCUUAUUCCUCCAUUACCUCUUCUCCCUCCUUUACCUCCUCUCCCCCCUUUACCUCCUCUCAUCCCAGGAAUCCCCCCAGCCUCUUCAUCUUCACAGAAAACUUAUCCUUGACGGAAUACUAUCUAGCUAUAUCACUGUAUAACAUCCAAUAAUAGUUAUGUCUUUUAAAACCAAAAUUUCCCUGUUCUUUAUUAUUUUUCUUUCUAGUGGAGUUCUGUUUAUUUAGUAGCAAGUAUUGUAUUUCUCUUCUGUUGUCUAUAAAUGAUCACAAAAAUUAUUGUACUAUAAUAUAAUAAGCUUUUUCAAUCA